GUUAUCUCAUGAACUAUGCCUCCAAUCACAACACCCAGACCUACAACGCCAACAACAGCCUGUCCUCCACGGCCACCGCCAACACCACCAAACAGCUCAUGUCGGCCAUCGGCAUGUCCUCCUCGUCUGACUCGUCCACCGAUGAUAUAGUGAUACCAAUGCAGAGACGCAAAGUCAAGACCCGGUUCGCCAGAAAGAGGAGGUCGCGAUCGACGGACUCGAGCCAAUCGAUUAAGAGCCGGGCCCUCACGUCCUGUCCAUCCAUUUGUAUGAAAAUUGUAUUAAUAGUACUGAUCGUCAGCUCCUUGGCCUUCACCGUACUAUUCAUCUCAAAACUAUACGAUCGCAUCGAUUCACUCCAGACCGCUAUCAAUGACUUGUCCAACAGUGGUAAUGGUGUUCCUCCGGAGUUGCAUUCCAUACACUCGCACCUGAAGACAUUGGACGGCAAUAUCAGUGCCAUUAAAGUGGAUGUGAUUCGCGCGUUCGAUAGCAUCGAUAAUCUGACACAAGAAGUGAAGCAAAUGAAGCUCCAAAUGAGUCAAAUCGCCGAUUCAGUAGAGGCCGCGCCUGCCAUCAGACAACUCCCCAAAGAGUUGCAAGAUUUGCAAAAGGUCGUGGCAGAGAUGGGCUCUCGACUCACCACUAAUGACAACGACAUUAAGACAAUGAAAGACAAGCAAAAUUCACAGCAAUCGCGCAGUGAUUCAAUUCAGACCGAUUUGGGCGCAAUUCAC